AUGGGGUUUCGAAUGAAUCCUGAGGGCUUCGCGGGACUUGAAAAUUCCAAGUCCACUACUGUCAGCUGGUGUAAGAUGAUCGCCAGCCAAGGGUCGCGAUCACGGUAUCCUUGGCAGGUGGAUAAAGAGAAGAAAAAGCAGGCUGAGAUUGGGGAAAGGCAAUGUAAGAAGUUUAGGUUUUCUGAUCAGGGUGGUAGUCAACAGCAGAGUGGUAGGAAUGGUGGAAAGUGGUCCAAGAAAAGGGCACAGGAUGCCCAAUCUCAGGUUAGUGGGGCUCAGUCAGCUUUAUCAUAUCCUCUCUGUAGAUUUUUUGGUCAAUUGCAUCAGGGUUACUAUAAUGAAGGAAAGAACAAGUGCUUCAAUUGCGGUCAGCUAGGGCACAUGAUUAGAAACUAUCUUGUUGGUAAGGUUGCUUCUGGGGAAAACAAGAUUCCUGUUACCUCUUCAUCAGCUCUGGUACCAAAGGAUGCACCAUCUAGUUCUGACACUGGUCGGAAUCAUCUUUAUGCUCUCACUACCUGCUAG